GGCGAGCGUACGCCUCCUCUUGCGCUCUCAUGUUAAUGGCGGGUGGUGGCCGCUGAGUGGGACGCAGAUAACCGCUACCGGCACAGGGAAAGUCUCCCUGCUUCCGCGUCUCCGCCUGCUGCGUGUGUCCGAGCUCGCCAGCAUGUCCGUGGUGCCGCCCAAUCGUUCGCAGACCGGCUGGCCCCGGGGGGUCAACCAGUUCGGAAACAAGUACAUCCAGCAGACCAAGCCCCUCACCCUGGAGCGCACCAUCAACCUGUACCCUCUUACCAAUUACACUUUUGGUACAAAGGAACCCCUCUAUGAGAAGGAUAGUUCUGUCGCAGCCAGAUUUCAGCGCAUGAGGGAGGAAUUUGAUAAAAUUGGAAUGAGGAGGACAGUAGAAGGGGUUCUGAUUGUCCAUGAGCACCGGCUACCCCAUGUGUUACUGCUGCAGCUGGGAACAACCUUCUUCAAAUUACCUGGUGGUGAACUUAACCCAGGAGAAGAUGAAGUUGAAGGAUUAAAACGCUUAAUGACAGAGAUACUAGGUCGCCAAGAUGGAGUCCUGCAAGACUGGGUUAUUGAUGACUGCAUUGGUAACUGGUGGAGGCCAAAUUUUGAACCACCUCAGUACCCAUACAUUCCUGCGCAUAUCACAAAACCCAAGGAGCAUAAGAAGUUGUUUUUGGUUCAGCUUCAAGAGAAAGCCUUGUUUGCAGUCCCUAAAAAUUACAAGCUGGUCGCUGCACCCCUGUUUGAACUGUACGACAAUGCACCAGGGUAUGGACCCAUCAUUUCCAGUCUCCCCCAGCUUUUGAGCAGGUUCAAUUUUAUAUACAACUGAAUUUCUGCGCAGUGGAGAAGUAGAAGAAGCCGUCUCUGUGAGCACAGCUAUACACAUGGCGUAGAAUAAAAUGGCAGAAAAAAAUUUUGGUUUCUCUUUCCCCAACCCUAAAUUGCCACCUACUUUCUGUUGUUUGAAUAGUGAAGUUAAUACGAACACUAGAUAGUGGUGUAACAAAUGUGAUGUUUAGUUUACUUUUGGUUCUCAUACUUUUUGUACAUUAAAGAAAAUGGACUUUUUUUUUUACUUUCACAUUAAACUUUUAAAAUUCUUA